GGAACCAGGAUGAGGGUGAGCUGGGCCUGGUGCUGGGUCCUGAAGAUCACUUUCCCCUGGCUGGGGUCUGUUGCCCCUGGAAGAUGAGUAAACGGAAUAAGUAAAUUCCUUCAGGGUAGACAGCUUUCCUAAAAGCCCUUUUUCUGAGUCCCUGUUUCCCGUCAGAUGCCAGAGAACAGCAGAUUCUCCCCCCCUUUUUGCAGAGGGAAGAUGGUGGAGGGUUGAAGAAAGGCUCAUUUUGAAGAACAUUUGGAGAGUCUGUGGUCUUAGGAAGAAAUGGAUAGAGAAAAAUAAAUUGUAGCAACUGAGGCUGUUCCGCGUAGAAAAGAGGAAAAGUCUGGGAGUGGAGUGUGGGGUGAAGAGCCAUCUUCAAAAUCAGUCUUCACGGAAUUCAGAAGUGUGUUGAACGUCCUCACACUUACUUGGAAACCAUCUGGCGUGUCCUGCCCUUGGACGCCUGUUGGUUCUUCCUGGAGGAGAGGGUUUAGAUUGAUUCUCUUGGCGCCAACCAGUGGAACCAAAGGGUGAAAGCCUGAUGGCAACGCGUUUCUACUCGGUACGAAGAAAUGCCUUUAAAAGGAGCUGCAGGCAGCAGUCUCAGGAGGUGGUGAAUCUGCUUCGAGAGUUUUCCAGCAGAGGCAGGCCUCCCCCGGGGCCCCGCCCGGGAGGGAAUCGGCCCCCCCAGGGCCGUGGCACCCCGGUUCGAGGUCGCCGGCCGGGGGGCGGAGACCGGGAGCGGGUGUGCGCGUGCCAGAGGCUGCAGCUGCGCCCCGGGGUCUCCCCUGGGAGCGACGCGGGGCGGGGCGGGCCGGGCCGGGCCGCGGAGCUGAGCAGUCCUCCGCCGGCGGCUGGGAGCGCGGGAAGGGGCGCAGCAUGCUCGCGGCUGUCGGGGCCCCCCUGCGCCUCGGUCUGGGGCGCAUCUUCCGUUGCGCCCCGGGAGCGCACGGAGAAGCCGCGUGGCGGGCCCUCGCGCCUCCGCGGCCUCGGGGUCUGCCCCGCUACUGUAGCAGCCGUGCCCCCAGCGGCUCUGGGCCCCAAGGGAAGGUGCACCGGGUCCCCGCCGAGUACAAGCCUUCGCAAUUCGACAAGAAAAUCCUGCUGUGGACCGGACGUUUCAAAACGAUGGAGGACAUCCCGCCUCGGGUCCCAGCUAAACUAAUUUGGUAUAGCAGAUCAAAGCCAGAUGGAUGGGCCAGAAAUGAUAGAUGCUGCAAGAAACAAAGCUCGGGUGAAAGCUUGUUACAUAAUGAUUGGACUCACAAUUAUCGCCUGUUUUGCAGUGAUAGCAUCAGCC